GGGGCUACCCCUGCAUUUCCUUCAGUAGAUGCGGAAUCAGCCUCUGCGCCUACAAUGUCUAAAACUGGAGCCAAGAUCACUUUCUACGAAGACAAACAUUUUCAAGGCCGCCGCUAUGACUGCGAGUGUGACUGUGCUGACUUCUACUCCUACCUAAGUCGCUGCAACUCCAUCCGAGUGGAAGGAGGCACGUGGGCUGUGUAUGAGAGGCCCAACUUCGCUGGGCACGUGUACAUCCUACCUCAGGGCGAGUAUCCUGAGUACCAGUGUUGGAUGGGCCUCAACGAUCGCCUGGGCUCUUGCAGAGCUAUUCACUUGGCGAGUGGAGGUCAGUAUAAGAUUCAGCUCUUUGAAAAGGGCGAUUUUAAUGGCCAGAUGCAUGAAACCACAGAAGAUUGCCCUUCCACCAUGGAGCAGUUUCGGAUGCGAGAGGUCCACUCCUGUAAGGUUCUAGAAGGCACCUGGAUUUUCUAUGAGCUCCCCAACUACCGUGGCAGACAGUAUCUUCUGGACAAGAAGGAAUACCGGAAGCCCAUCGAUUGGGGUGCGACCUCCCCUGCCGUCCAGUCACUCCGCCGCAUCACUGAGUGAUGGCAAGAGCAGGUCACAGAGUCC